AUGUUUCUGCGCAAGCCGUUUAGAAGAGACGAAGCAUCCCCUUUUCUCCUGCUACCAUUAGAGGUCCAAGCUCGAGUACUAGACCUGCUCGAUGGCGUCUCUCUCGCGAGGCUCGCCUGCACCUGUGCGGCCAUGCGCCACGAGAUACUCUCCCAUGAUAACGCGCAUGCUUCCGAUAGAUGGCACAGCCUCUGCUUGUCGCGCCUCGGCCCCUCCAUUUGCGCCUUGCAUCGUGCCUUCGCUAUGCAUCGCCACGCGGAAGAGACUUCCGCGGAGCAGCAGAACGUGCAACACCCGCCCGCCGACCAGCUCGACGAUCCAUGGCGGCUGAGCGGCGCGUCCGCAGAUGACCCGGGACGGUCCAGUCGCGUGCCGCUUGAAACGCGUGCGGGGGACCAAGGGCGGCAGCGGCGGUGGCUGUUGGAGGGCGACGGCGGUCGCGUGCAGGCGUGGUUCUGGCAUCGCGUCCUCGGCGCGAGCAUCAGAGCCGUCGAGCUGCAGUGGUGGCCUAACGGCGGCGAGAUCUUCCGCCAAAGUCUGAUAGCGGCCAGGCGCAGCAAGCAGGAGGAGGGCGGGGUGGUGACGGCGCCGCUGUUGCCCAUGGCGGCGCCGCCCGUUGCGGGCGUGUGUCCGUACGACGAGACGGCGGUCAGCGCGCUGGAAUCGCUGGAGCGCACGGGGCAUUCCGCCACCGAGGUGGGCACGUGGCAGGUCAUCAUUGGCGGGCUGAUGCGCAGCGGGCAGGCGGUGAUGGACGUGGUGCUGCUCAACACCGCCACCAUGGCCAUGCGCCACCCGCUCGUGCACGUCUUUGCGGACGACGCCCCGCCGCUCCCCCGCUUCCGCCACACCACGGUGCCCGUGCGCGUGGCGGAGUCGUUCCGCCAUGGGUUCGCGGGGCCUGCGGACCCCGUGCUGUUCGUGUUCGGGGGGUACAACCUACAGGGCGGGGUGUACGGCGCGGAGGAGUCGUUCUUCCUCGCCGUCACGGACGACGGUCGCCGCGUCGUGUGGCGCAGAGCCGCCGCCACUGGCGCGGCGCCGUGCCCGCGCUUCCACCACACCAUGUGCUCCUUCGACCGCGGCUCGCACGUCGUCGUCUUCGGCGGCGAGGGCGCGCAGUUGAACGACUGGGCGGAUGAGACGGACGAGCAGUUGCGCGAAUGGGAUGCGGCGGAGGGGGACGUCGGGGAGGCGGAGCCUGCGCUGAGUGAGGGUGGUGCGCAAGCGCGCUCUCGGAACGGCACCCGCCCUCUCGCGCAUGAGCUUUUCGAACGGCGGAGGCGCAUUGCUGCGCAGUCGGGGCAGCAAGACCCGCGUUCCCCCGCGGGAUGGUGCGCCGGCGGCGCUGGCGUGCGCGCCGGCGAAGCGGAGGGCGCGGUGGCGUACAGAGAAGCGGACGGGGAAUCGGGCGCGUGGGGGGCGGACGAAGGCGAGGGAGGCGCGGAGCGCGGGGGAAGAAGCGCGGAAGGGGCGGGGGAGCGCGCGGUGGUGGUGUAUGUGCUGGACGUGGCGCGCAUGGCGUGGCGCAGAGUGGUCACGCGGGGGCGCGGCCCGGGCGCGUUCACUCUGGACCUAACGAGCAUGGUGUGGACCCCUCCUCCACGCCUCCCGCCCUCCCGCGCUGCUCUGCUGCCGCUGCCGCGCCACCGAUCGGGCAUCACCAAGGUGGGGCCGGAUCAGGUGCUGCUGGUGGAGGGCACAACGUACGGCACACGAGACUACCUGUCAGACGCACACCUGCUCAACAUGCGCACCCUGCACUGGUCGCCAGUGCGAGUGCAUGGAGCAGCCAUGGCGGGCCCCAGUGCAGGGCAUUCAGUGGAGGGACUGCUGGUGGUGGGCGGCUGUGUGCUCGGCACACUCGGCAUCCAUCCCAUCUCCCGCGUCGACCCCUUGCUUCUUGGCAACUUUGGCUCCCCUGCCCUGCCUCCUGCCGCCUCGUGCCUGCCUUCCGCCGUGCUGGCUGGGAGAACCCAUCAGCUUGCACCGGCUAAUCCUGCGGCUGAGGUUGUGCCAUCUGGAGCGGGAGCAGCGGCAGCAGCUGUUGCUUGCGAUGGUGGCAGUGGCAAUGGGCCUUUGGAUUUGAUUCUGAGGGUGAGGGAUGUGCGAAACACGGUGGUGCAACGGAGUGAUUGGGCUGAUGCAAGCAAUGAUGACUACAAGUAA